UUUAGCUUGACGGUAACGGUGAGCUGUAGAGCCACAGACCUGACGACGGAGAAUCUACCGGGAGAAGUUGUGGAUGUAUUUAAUCUGUCACGGUUUAUCUUCCCCGUUUAUUUAUCCCCUUUAACUCGGUUUCAGCCUCUUCGGGGCUAAAUAAGGAGACAUCCUGGAAGCACCUGGAGAACCGCGGAUAUCUACGCGGCAUGGGUGCUUCGUGACCCGCGGCAGGUGUGAAGAGAUGGCGGGGGAGCCACCGGCGGGCACCGGGCGGGUGGUGCUGGUCAAGAAGAUCGUCAUGAAGGACGGAGCCGCGCUCCAGCAGGGUAUCGGCCGGCCGAGUGUGUAUCACGCGGUGGUGGUGAUCUUCCUGGAGUUCUUCGCCUGGGGUCUACUCACCACGCCCAUGCUCACUGUUUUACAUGAAACAUUUCCUCAGCACACGUUCCUCAUGAACGGACUCAUUCAGGGUGUGAAGGGUCUGCUGUCGUUCAUGUCCGCUCCUCUGAUUGGUGCGUUGUCGGACGUGUGGGGUCGGCGCUCCUUCCUGUUGGUCACCGUCUUCUUCACUUGCGCUCCGAUCCCUCUGAUGAGGCUCAGCCCCUGGUGGUACUUCGCCAUGAUCUCCAUGUCUGGAGCUUUCUCUGUCACCUUCUCUGUCAUCUUCGCCUACGUUGCCGACGUGACAGAUGAAAGAGAGAGGAGUACAGCCUACGGUCUGGUGUCGGCUACGUUUGCGGCCAGCCUGGUGACGAGUCCGGCCAUCGGCGCGUACCUGUCGGCCUGGUACGGGGACAACCUGGUGGUCCUGGUGGCCACGCUGAUCGCUCUGGCCGACAUCUGCUUCAUCCUGCUCGCCGUGCCUGAGUCCCUGCCGGACAAGAUGAGGCUCAACACCUGGGGGGCGCCUAUUUCCUGGGAGCAAGCCGACCCCUUCACUUCUCUGAGAAAGGUGGGUCAGGACUCAACCGUCUUACUGAUCUGCAUCACUGUGUUCCUGUCGUACCUGCCCGAGGCCGGACAGUACUCCAGCUUCUUCCUCUACCUGAGACAGGUCAUAAAUUUCUCCUCCACGACCAUCGCUGUUUUUAUAGGAGUGGUGGGCAUCCUGUCCAUCGUAGCACAGACUCUCUUCCUCACCCUCCUGAUGAGAACUCUGGGUAAUAAGAACACAGUCCUGUUGGGUCUGGGUUUCCAAAUCCUUCAGCUGGCCUGGUACGGCUUCGGAUCAGAACCAUGGAUGAUGUGGGCGGCUGGUGCUGUGGCAGCGAUGUCCUCCAUCACCUUCCCAGCUGUUUCUGCUCUGGUGUCACAGUCGGCUGAUCCUGAUAAACAAGGUGUGGUUCAGGGGAUGAUCACAGGGAUCAGAGGUCUGUGUAACGGUCUGGGCCCGGCUCUGUACGGAUUCGUCUUCUUCCUCUUCAACGUCGAGCUCAACACCAUGGACCCCAUCCAGGGAGACUACAACAUCGACCCCCUGCCUCUGCACAGUCCCACUGAGCGAGCACUCAUCCCCGGUCCGCCCUUCCUGCUGGGGGCGUGCACCGUGGUCAUCGCCUUCCUCGUCGCUCUCUUCAUCCCUGAGAAGCCCACCUGCUCCUCCUCUUCCUCACAGCUGUCCCUCAGCGACAAGCCCCGCCCGGAAAGCAAGGAGUCAAUGUCCUCGCUGGCCGGUGUCCACAUCAACACGCCCCUCCCGGGCAGCGACGAGGACACCCCUCCCACUGCCAGCGACGAGGACUUUGAGCCGCUGCUGCAGGACAGUAUCGUUUGAUGGACAGGUAGAAGAACCACACAGGGUGGGGCUAACGUUGUUGUUUUAUUGAUUGACAUUUUGCAAAAAAAAAAAAAAAAAGAACCAGUAACACGUUUUCUUUGCCGCAGGGCGGGACUAAGUGUACUUUUAAAGUGUGAUUGACAGCGAGAAGCUCCAACAGCAUUAUUUCUUUGCCAGAAGGCGGGACUAACCUUUUGCUUCACUGACCAGGAGCAGCGACAGUAACAUCAUUGCGAGCGUCCAAUAAGGACUGUUCUUUAACGAGGGGGCGGGAGCAAAGAGCUGCUAUUAAGAUGUCAUUAUUUAAUUGGACGGAAGAGCCGGUGGGGAUUCAGUUUAAACGGAAACCAUCAUUUGAUUGACAAGAAGAGGGACCAACUGUCUUUGUUUAAUGGGACAGUUGCAGACAGUUUUGGGAUAAUCCCACAUAAAAUCAUCUGAGAGAGACGUAUGUUUGAAGUUCUCACAGAAUGAUUAUUGUUCAUCUUAAAGCUUGAAGUUGUUGAUUGUUUUUGUGACAAGAAAAGGUGUUUUUACCUGCUGUAUCAUUUCGAAGCAGUAUUUUAAUGUUGUGUUUUAUUUCUUACUGGUUAUUGUAUAAAGGAAACAUGUCUGCAACAUAUUUACAGCAGCCAAAACAUCAGUGUUGAUUUAUACACUUUUUUUUCUUCUUGAUUAACACUUUUUUGUUAAAGUUUUUUUUUCUUUCUGCCAGGAUUAAGGGAUUUUUAUUAUUUUUAAGUGUACAGUAUCUUAUCUGCUAUGAGCUAUUGAUGCUAAGGUAUGAAUGUGAAGACCUGAGAGAUGAAUCAACCACCUUAAUUUCAAAAUAUCAGUUGUAAUUGCUGUAAUUGUCUACUUUCCUUGACCAAGUUUCCUUGUUUAAUUUUAAUUUCUUUCAGUCUACUCCAGAACAAGAAAUAGGAAAAUAUUUCAGGCUAUGGUAACUGAUCCAAAAUGUAUUUAGCAAGACAAAAUAAUCCAGAAUGUUACCUCACUGGAUAGUUUUUACUCUUUAAUUUCACCAGUUAUUGUCCCCGUUUGUCACUCUACCUCAGAUAAGCGUCUUUUUAAAUCACACUCAACCAGGAUUUACUCACAUUUGCUCACUUUUAGUUUUAGUUUUAUAUCAUAGUCACUUUAUGAAAGUGCUGCUGGCUACUGAAAGUGGGAAAACCUCAGAGCUGCAACUCUGGUGUUAAACAGUGUUAGCAGUCCAAGCACCAACAGUGUGUGCUCAGAUUUUUAUUUUUUAAUUUCAGUGAAAAGCGGUUUCUGCAGACUAAACUGUCUGCAGGUACAAAUGUGAAGUUAAAUACUAGAAAAACACUUACCUCACAAUAUGAGGUGCAAUCAAAAACUUCCAAGACUACCUAUAAAUACCUGAUUUACAUUUGGCCGCAGUUCUCGUCACCGGUGAUUAUCCUUGACUUGCUGAAACUGCAAAUGUGCCUCUGCAAGUGGUCACAAACAUGCAUGGUCCAGAUGUUGAUUAUGCGACAUAAACUGCAAUACUAACUCAUGAAAGUUGUUGCUAGCACCUGCUGCUUGCUGUGCUCCGUUUGUUAGCAACAGAAACAGUCUCAGAACUUUUUGAUCACACCUCGUAGAUUCUCUGAUUUGGUGCAAGUCCAACAAUAACUGGCCUUGUAACAUAUUUUUUCCUCUUGUCUCAGGAUUACAUUCUUAAAAUGUCACCAGUUUUGGUGUAUAUAUCCAGUUGGUGCUAAUUAGACAGCAGGUGGCACUGUCACACAUUUUUGAAUAUGUAAUGAUAAUAUUUAGCUCCAGGGCACCAAUGGAUUCUAAAAAUGACUCCUAAUUUGGUGUGCACAUCCUGUACAUGCUCCAGAUUUUUUAUACCAAACUUGGUGGCACUAUGAUGCCUGGGUCACACCACUCACGCUGCUACUGCCAGUGCUGCUACUGCCAGUGCUGCUACUGCCAGUCCUAUCUUUCUACAUUGCAUUUGCCUUGGACUAUGGCCAUCAAUGAUAGAAUGUUUGGUUUAAUUUCAUUAUAAAUAAAAUUUUAGUUGAGAUAGUAUUUGAGAUGAAUCAAGGAAAAUAAAGCGAAAGGCGUCAGUUUUACGUAAUGUUGCUAAAAUGACCAUAACGGCCACGGGAAGUGAGGUUGCCGGUGUGGCCCAGGCUCCUAGCUCAGCAGUACAUUGUUUAAACGUCACCAAAUGUGGUUCACUCAUACUCUACGACCUCCAGUAUUAUAAUACCAAACCUGGAGAUAAUCUGACUUUUUACAUUUUUUAAAAAUGAGUUUAUAACACUUACUUGGCUGCCCAUGGUGCCAUGCUGUCAUCCAGCGCCUCCCCAGAAUGUAGGUUUAGAAACACCACUGGGUCAGCAGCGUGAUACCAUGGAGCUCUGGGGUCAGCGUGCCUUCAAUUCCAAGUUGCACCUGGUGCUUGGACCCUAGUAUACUCUCUAACAAGUCUAUUUUUUCCUUAUAACUGUGCGAUCAGCUGGUUAUUUAUGUGCUAUGGGUGUCUCAUAACCCACAGCUCUUCACUGUACAAACAGUUACUGUAUUUGACUCAAUUUUUCUAGCUACAUGUUGCAGAUAUGAGGUUUUUCCCUGACAGCAGUGACAACUGCUGUGAAUGAACUUAUACUUGAAGCAUCAGACGAGAGAUUUUACGAGAGCUUUAGAGAAGACUUAGGAAGAAUGCUGAUGAGUUUAACAGUAUGUAACUGGCACAGAGUGUACAUAGUUAUUUGUUUUAUGACCUUAAAAUGUAAAUGUACAUGUGAAUAUUAUGAUUUGUAUAUAAUGUAAGUGAAGUGUGGGGUUGGCUUGUUUUAUUGUGGCUUUUAAGAAGGUUUUCCUUCAUUUUAUUUUUUUCCUGUGAAGCUCAAUAGCAAGAACACAGUCUGCGUGAGGAGGGGGGGGGGGGGUCGGUUCCCUUUGUGCAGCUAAUUAUUAGACUAAUUAGUCUGUUUUAUUAGACUAAAACAGACGAAUAAUUCCCCCCUCCUUCUUCUGUUAUUUACACCUGAGUAUGUUCACAUGCACACUAAUAUCUUAUUCCGUCUGUUUGGUACAUGAUGUUUAGAUGAAACUAAGAGCUGGUUAUUCGUAUCCCUGCAACUCAUUUACAUUUUUUAAAUAAAGUUUGAAUCGUGCUGGAUCAGAUCAGCUUAUCUGCCAUUAAACAUAUCUGCAUUUCAAUGAGUUCUCCCAUCAAAUCCCAUUAAGUUUCCUUUCAUUACCAUAAUGACAAAGAUACCUGUUUUUGCUGCCUUUAUCGUCUGAAUACACCACUUUCUUUCUAUGUAAUUUAAGCCUCUAAAAACUAAGAUGAGUGAUGAUUCAGGUUUCUGUAGCCAUGAUGAUAUAUGAGCAAAUACAGAGACCAUAAGCAGGAUGUUAGUGUGCAUUUUAAAUACUUGUGUGUUAUUUAAGCGACGACUGCACUUGCUCAGUUAUUCCAGUGUAAAUAUUGUACAUGGACUGGAUGUCUGUACAUGUGACGAAACAAAAUGUACAUGAUGGGGGAUUCACUGUAAAUACACUUUGUCUGGUGUCUUGUCUGGAAGUGUACCAGCCACUUGGUGGUUAUUGGAAAUUAAAACAGAGCAACACUUGCAA